AUGGCAUUUCCACCCAGGUUGCCAACUUCGCCGCGUAUGGCACUCAAGCUGCAACGACGCACAUUGUCUAGCUCGUCGUCUGCGCAAGCUUCAGCGUCACAGCCGUCACUGCGGCGCAAACCUUUGCAACCGAUACGACUCUCUACGCACUUCUCACCCACUCAAAAAGCUUCUCAGUCAUCGUCUCCAUCUUGUGUGUCUUCAGCCUGCAACGAUGAUCCAUUGCCUUCGCUACAGCUCCUCGUUCGCGGCGGAUAUGUCCGCUCUUCUUCCUCAGGCAUCUUUACGCUCCUUCCCAACGCUCUUCGCAUCGUUGGCAAGAUCACCAACAUCAUAGAUGAGCAGCUCUGCGCCAUACAUGCCUCUCGCAUAGCGAUGCCCAACCUGCUCCCGUCUAAACUCUGGCAUCAAACCGGUCGAUACACCGUCAUGGGUAGCGAGCUCUACAAACUUCGAGAUCGGAAAAACUCCGAGUUUGUCCUGGGCCCCACACACGAGGAAGAGAUCACCAAGCUUGUCGCCAACCAGGUCGACUCGGAUCGUCAACUUCCUCUACGUUUGUACCAGAUCACGACCAAGUUCCGGGACGAGCCCAGGCCGAGAAUGGGCUUGCUGAGGACCAAAGAGUUUUUGAUGAAGGAUUUAUACUCAUUCGACAAGAGUGCAGCCGAUGCAAAUACGACGUAUGAAGAGGUGAGGGCGGCGUACGCUAGGAUCUUUGAUAGGAUUUUUGGUGUCGACGGUAGAUGGACGGCAGCAGAGGCGGAUACGGGUGCGAUUGGAGGCAAUAAAAGUCACGAGUAUCAUGUCAAGGAUCCUGCCGGUGAGGACACGUUGAUAUCGUGCAGUAGGUGCGCAUACACUGCCAAUACCGAGAAGGCAGUUUCCAUGCCAGAUCCAGCACAGGUCCCUGUUGCGGCGGCGGAUGUCAGAGUGCUGCUGUACGGAUGCAGCGAUGUCAAGGUGCAAGACCAGAUGAUGCACGCCUUUGUGCUUCCAGCGGGGCGAGGCUUGAAUGAAACCAAGCUCGAAAAGCUCGUCGCCAAACUCAAGGCUUGCAACAAGCGCACCGAUGACGAUCAUAGCCUUAGCCUCAAGCACACCGCUAACGCCCAACAAGACAGGAUCGAGCUCAUGUACGAUUCCGCAUCUUCUCUCACCUCCAACACCGCAACAGCGAAUUGGGACUGGAAAGACCGACCCGAGGGCCCGCUGGUCCGGUUCACCUCCGUCUACGUAUAUGCCGACUUCGAAUGUGCAUCGAUUGACCCAUCCGAGCUCAACGACGCUCUCAUCGACGCUGUCAAUACCUUCACUUCUCGACCAGGCAGCACCGGCGAUCCCACCCAACACUUACCUCUUGUCGACCUCUUCCCCGUCCAAUUCGGCCACUUUGCUUCGUCACCAUCCGCCGUCGCCCCACCUCUGACGCUGGUCGAUAUACGCACCGCACAAGCGUCGGACACGUGUCCGUCGUGCAAAUCGCCCCACUCGCUCCAGGAAUCCAAAGCCAUCGAAGUGGGACACACCUUCUACCUCGGCGAACGAUACAGUCGUACGCUCGAGGCUGGCUUCCUACCAUCGCACGACGUUGCUGAGCAAGUGUCGCAGGUGCACAAACUGGCUAAUGGAAGAGUGCCUUUUCAGAUGGGUUGUUACGGCAUUGGUGUCUCUCGUAUCUUGGGUGCGCUUGCUCAAAAGGCGGUGGGCGAUUUCGAUCGCAUUUUCCAUGGUGAUGCUGGUGAUUCGGCAGUGGCGAGCAAAAAGAGGCAGAAAGCGGGGUUCGUAUGGCCGUCGUUGAUCGCGCCAUUUACGGCGGUUAUUGUGAUCAGCGACGUCAAGGAUCCAGCCAAAGUAGAGGCGGCGCAGAUCGUGUGGGAUCGCAUCGUCUCGCACGCACGCAGAAGCGAUCGCACCAUACGCGCCGUUCUCGAGCGUAUCUCGUCGCAGCGCUCUCAGCCAGACCAAGCCACACCGCAAGUGGAUCAAGACCAAGGCUGGUCAAGAGAGGAAGCGAGCGAAAUUGUCAUUGACGAUCGCACCAGCACGCUCGGGUCCAAAUUGGCAGAUUCAGAUCUGACCGGCUAUGCGUACCGCAUCAUUGUGGGCAAACAUUUCACAGCUCAAGCCAAGCUCGAGUUGCAGUACAUGGGCGAACACGGCUGGACCGCUAUGUUGCUCCCCAUGCAAGCCUUUGAUCAAGUAUAG